CCGCCCCCUCCACUCAGUCCGCGGGGAAGGCGAGCGAGAGGAGCAGCCCACGGCGGCCGUUGGGGCCCCGCGGAGAUUCCCUGAUCGGUUUCUGAGAUGAUGGGACUAGGGAACGGGCGUCGAGGGAUGAAAUCGCCGCCUCUCCUCGUAGCCGCCUUGGUGGCUUGUGUGAUCGUCCUGGGUUUCAACUACUGGAUCGCAAGUUCCCGCAGCUUGGACCUUCAGAGCCGUAUAAUGGACCUGGAAGGGCGAGUCCGCAGGGCAGCAGCAGAGAGGGGGGCUGUGGAGCUGAAAAAGAACGAAUUCCAAGGAGAACUAGAGAAGCAGCGCGAGCAGAUCGACAAAAUCCAGUCCACGCACAACUUUCAGAUGGAGAACGUCAACAGGCUGUACCGGGAUGAGAAGGCCAGUUUAAUGAACAAUAUCACGACCAGUGAGAGACUCAUCCAGAAUCUACAAGAACAUUUUAAAGACCUGCAGAAGAAUUACAGCAAAAUCCAGCAGGAGGUGCUUCAGUUUCAGAAGAAUCAGACCAACCUGGAGAGGAAAUUUUCCUAUGAUCUGAGCCAGUGCAUCAGCCAGAUGAAGGAGUUGAAGGAGCAGUGUGAAGAAAGAAUAGAAGAAGUGACCAAAAAAGGCGGUGAUGCUCCUGGGACCAAAGUCCCCAAGGAAAAAGAACAGCAAAAUAUUCAGUCAGAGCCCGGACCGCAUGAUCCCGUACUCCCGAAAGGAGAGAAGAGCCUGGGAAUUCCAGCCGAAGGAUCCCGGCCCUCAGUUCCCGGGACGGAGAAAGCCCCUGUCAUCAGGAGUCUGGGAGAUGGAGAAGGGACCCACAGCGUCCUGACCGUCAGCCGGGAGGGGAAUCAGGAGGCCCCUCUGCCCCUGGACCCUCAAGAGCUGGGCCGCGAGCAGGCCUCCUACAAAGAAGAGAAAAAUGGAGGGGAGCCAGGAGGCCUGGCCCCCGGGCUGCCCGACAAGGCUCCGGUGGGGCCGGAAAGUCCCGGAGACGAGGAGCCGGAGAGGGAGCAGCUCAUCAAUGAUGAAGGGCAGCAGGAUGGUGCCGGGGAAGGAUAUAAUCCACACAAGCGGGAAGCGGACGCAGACUACAACAUGGACGGAAACGAGGCUGAAUCCGAAACGGAAAAGCAGGCGGCUCUCGCCGACCCCGAAGACGCGGGCAAAGAUCCAAACCCUGAAGAUCAGAACAGAGACAACACAGACAAUAACUUAUUUGACCUCCAUGACAAAGAAAAUCCCACCCUGUGAAUCAGACCUGAACUGACCCACCACCAGAAAAGAUCCAUGAGAACUGGAAUGUUGGCAAUUAAGGCCACUGACUUCUAGCUACAGGAAGGUCCCCCCCCCCCCCAAAAAAAAA